AGCUUUUGCUUCCAUGUCCGAAGAAUUUACAGCUAAUCUCUUCCGUCUCCGUCCCUCCCUUCUUCCCUUUUCCGCUCAUCCCAUUUCCGUUUCAAGCCCGAAAUUGUUAACCAGGAAAAAGGAAACAAUACUACCAAACUAAGCAACCCAUUCAAUUCUUUUGAAUUCAUUCUUUAACUCGAAGAUAUCUCCCACCCAACUCCCACCCCAUCCUUUUCCUUCAACCGCACUCACCAGUCUGUCCCCCUAUCAAACCCCCAACUUAUCACCACCUACUCAAACUUGAGCUCAAACUAACAAACCCAUUUCUUCUCUCUCUCUCUCUGUAGAAGGAAAAGGGGGGGAGGAACUUAACGGCAAACAAGAAAUGAAGUUAACGGCGUUGCAGCAGCAGAGUCGCCGGAGCAAUAGCUUCAGAGGAUCCUCGCCUUUAGAUUCGUCAAUGGAUGGGGCAAUCAAAUCUCCAGUUACGAUUUUCUGGCUGGUUCUUCAUGGUCUUUGCUGUUUAAUUAGUCUUGUUUUGGGCUUCAGAUUUUCUCGUUUAGUUUUCUUCCUUCUCUUUUCCAAUACUUCCAAUACCAUGACUAGUAAUAAUUUGUACUCCACGUCCUCGUUCGGUAACCCGUCUGAACCCCUAGCUUUCCAGUCUACUUUAGGAGCUGUUACUUCUACUUCCACUUCACUUCCGGCUAUGAAUUUGACGACGACGGCGGCUUCAGGGACGAGUAGUAGUCGGGUGGUGGUUGGGCGACACGGGAUAUUGAUUAGGCCGUGGCCGCAUCCGAAUCCGGCUGAGGUGAUGAUGGCGCACCGGUUAAUUGAGAGGGUGCAAAGGGAGCAGAGGAUGCAAUACGGGGUUAAGAACCCUAGGGCUGUGAUUGCUAUCACUCCAACUUACGUUCGGACUUUCCAGACGCUGCAUCUUACUGGAGUGAUGCAUUCCUUGAUGAACGUGCCCUAUGAUCUCGUCUGGAUCGUUGUCGAGGCCGGUGCGGUUACCAAUGAGACUGCUUCGCUGCUUGCUAAGUCUGGCCUUACAACUAUCCAUGUUGAAUACGGCAAGAAAAUGCCGAUUCUUUGGGAGGAUCGGCACAAAUUGGAGGCGAAGAUGCGCCUACAUGCUUUGAGAUUGGUGAGAGAGAAGAAACUAGAUGGAAUAGUGAUAUUUGCUGAUGAUAGUAAUAUGCAUAGUAUGGAACUUUUUGAUGAGAUCCAAAAUGUGAAUCAGUUUGGGGCUGUUUCUGUUGGAAUCCUUGCUCAUUCGGGUGGUGAUGGUGAGGAUGAAACGGCAGUGGUACAGAAGGAAGAGGAAAAAAAUUCAGGAUUGCCAGUUCAGGGUCCAGCUUGCAAUUCGUCGAAUCAUUUGGUGGGUUGGCAGACUUUCAAUUCGGCUACGUUUAUGGAGAGGAGUGCGAGGUAUGUUGGUGAUAGGGCAAUUGUGCUGCCCAGGAAGAUGGAGUGGGCUGGGUUUGUAUUGAAUUCUAGAUUAGUCUGGAGGGAUGCAGAAGAUAAGCCAGAUUGGGUGAGGGAUCUGGACGAGGUAGCUGCAGAUGAAGAAGAUGUUGAGAGUCCGCUGUCCUUUGUUAAGGAUGCUUCUGUGGUGGAGCCUCUUGGGAGUUGUGGGCGUAAAGUCAUGAUCUGGUGGCUUCGAGUUGAAGCACGGGCAGACAGCAAAUUCCCUGCCGGAUGGGUGAUUAACCCUCCCCUGGACGUUACGGUCCCAGCAAAACGCACACCGUGGCCAGAUGCUCCUCCUGAACUCCCACUCCCAGCGGGUGAAAUGGCGGUUGUUCUCCAAGAGAAUGCAGAGAAGCAUGCAACAAAAACCCGCUCAACCCGAAAACGAAGAAGCAAACGGAAGCACGCAACUAGAACCAUAGACGAGCGUGUUUCUACAAGGCAUGCUGGAGAGAACUAGGAUGUCUUAAUACCGGCCUUAAAAAUCUAAUAUACAUACCAUUGUGUGAAUUCUGCAGAGCAAAGAGGGCUCAAAGAUCAAAAGGUUGGAUACAGAGACGAUGUCUCAUGGAGUAAAUACAAGAUGGCAUCUGUCGCACUGCACUGUUUAUACAAACAUUUUCUUUUUCUAAUUUUGAGAUUCUUUUCAAUUUGCGAUUUCUUCCAAUUUCUUUUUUUUUUCCCUGGUGAUUAAUACCGUGAAUCUAGUGACGGUGAUAUGCCACCCUGUUCUGUUGCAUGGUUGGCAGAAAGCUUGUACUCACCGUUAUACUAGUUCUUAAGGAAUUCUUCGAAUAGAAGUUCUCAUAGAUUUUGUAUUAGUAGCCCCUUGGCAAAACCAGUUACGGUUUUUGCUUGUAAUGCUUUGAGACCAAUAGCAUGAUCUGUGAAUGAAAUCAGAGCCACCUCACCUUGUCA